AACCUGAUACUGAGGGCCCCCGUAAGAAAUAAACAGAGACAAAACGCUCAGCAGACUGAUCUGAUUGGUGGUGGUGGUGACUGUAGAGAGUGAAAAAGACAAGGAGUUGUAGUGGAGUUACUAUGAUGGCAGACUCGUUUUGUCGAGAUUGCAACAGACUGACGGAGAUAGUGUUCGACCACUCAGCUGGGGACACCAUUUGUUCGGAGUGCGGUCUGGUCUUGGAGGCUUACUCCGUCGAUGAAACCUCUGAGUGGCGCUCCUUUGCCAACGACUCCUCUGGCCACGACCCUGUUCGUGUUGGUGGACCCCUCAACCCUCUCUUGACUGACGGCGGGCUUUCUACUGUUAUUGCCAAACCAACCGCCGGCUCCACCCAGCUUUUGUCGGGAAAAUGGCAGACCCGUGGUUCUACUAAUCCUGAUAGAAAUCUUAUUCAGGCAUUUAAGUCUAUCUCUGACAUGUCUGAUAGGUUGGGGCUAGUUACAACCAUAAAGGUAGUGUGGUGGUCAUCAAGCACAAUGUUGCACAUUGCAGAUGAUCGAGCUAAUGAAAUCUAUAAGAAGGUAGAAGAUCAGAAACCUCUUAAGGGACGGAAUCUAGAAGCAAUAGUGGCAGCUUGCCUGUACAUAGCUUGUAGACAAGAAAACAAGCCCCGGACUGUGAAAGAAUUUUGUUCUGUUGCCAAUGGGACAACGAAAAAAGAAUUGGGACGGGCAAAAGAGUUCAUUGUGAAACAUCUGGAAGCAGAGUUGGGCCAAUCUAUUGAAAUGGGAACCAUACAUGCUUCAGACUAUAAACGUUUUGGUUCCAAUCUUGGAAUGAACAAUCAAGCUGUUAAGGCUGCUCAGGAAGCCUUGCAGAAAUCUGAAGAGCUUGACAUCAGGAGGAGCCCAAUCUCACUAGCAGCUGCUGUUAUAUACGUCAUCACUCAACUGACAAAUGACCCAAAGCUUCUCAAAGAUAUUUCUGUUGUUACUAGAGUGGCUGAAGGUACAAUAAAAAAUUCCUACAAGGAUCUUUAUCCUCAUUUGUCACGAAUAAUACCGGAUUGGUUUGCCAAUGAGGAAGAUAUCAAGAGUCUGCUGUACUGAAAUUGCUUAAAGGCGAUGGCUAUAUUUCCUUAUAGCCUCCAUAAAGCUUGAUGCCUUUCUUCAUUUGAGAUGAAAAAUUCAAGUCCUUGCACCUCUAUGUUAGUUAAAAUUGUCAUAUAAAUACCCGCCGUGUCAGUGGUCUUUACUAGAAACAUCAGUUUAGUAGCAAUAGCUUUAUAGCUCCAAGUGACAAUGGUUGUUAAAAGCUCUACUUCCAUAUUUCUGUCUGCUGCCUGUAAGAAGUUUCACACCUCUAGACUACUAUUUUCCAGUUUCUUCUUCAGUACAUGCUUCCAAUUCUUGUCCAUGA